AGUACCUUGGCGAGUACUGAUCUUGAUCGGCAGCGCUAUAAGGAGCUGAAUAAUUUCAUUCAACAUGCAGGUUUUGACUGUUCUAUCCACCAUCUUGGCUUGCGCCUUCGCUAGUUCUCCACUGAUUCUCACCAAAUUGGUGCCCGGUGCUCCAAUUGGCCUGGAUGGCCGAGUGAUCGACACCGCUGAAGUCUCAUUGGCGAAGGCCGAACAUGCGGCCGCUCACAUCAACGAGAAGAUUAAUUUGGCUGCGGAAGCUGUCAAGUCCGCCGACGUGCUCACUUACGUAGCACCGUCCAAUGUAGCCCUGGUCGAGAACAGCGCACAUCUGGUGCAACCGGUUGCGGUGGCGGCGAAACUGACCCCUGGUGCGCCGAUCGGACUCGACGGCCGCGUUGUCGACACACCGGAAGUGACCCUCGCCAAGGCUGAACAUGCUGCGGCACACAUCAACCACUUCAACGAGAAGCUCACGAAAUCGAUUUACGAACAACCGGCCGUCAUCCUGGACCGUAGUGCACCUUUCCUUCGUUACUACUAUCGUUCAGCGCUCUUUUUAUCAGGAAGAAGGUGUGUAGGAGUUCAACGAAGGAUACAACGCCCCUGGAUCGUCAUGAGAAGCGUGAUUUUUCUGCUCGCCACGGCGAUGACUUGUAGAGCUGCAUACGUCGGUUCAUCCCCAUAUGGAAAUCCCUUGGUUCAUCAACAAGUUGCGCCGAACUUCGCGCCGUCCGCUCCAGUUGGCGAAGACGGCAACGUUAUCGACACUCCGGAAGUGGCGCAAGCCAAGGCCGUGCAUUUUGCUGAAUUCGCGAGGGCCGCCGCCCGCGCAGCUCAAGAUGAGAACCAGCAAAGCUUAUCGGGUUAUCAGCCGCAGAUCUCAUCGCCCGCAUACAGCUACUCAGCUGCUCAGCCGACCGCGGUGCCUUAUCUGAAACAAGCCAGUUACCAGCAACCCACUCCGAUCUAUCAGACUGCCAACCAUGUGCCGUCGCCCAUCUACGUGAAUUAUCAGCAACCCCAGCAAUACGAUGCACGGGCUAACUUUGUGGGUCAGAAGAGCUACACGCUGCCAGGAAAGCCCGGCACUUUUGUACCGGCACCGUUGGCCGAAGACGGGACAGUCUUAGAUACGCCGGAAGUAGCGGCCUUAAAAGCAACCAGAUUGGCCGAGCUCGCCGAUGCGGAGGCCCGGGCUUACAAACACGCGAGCGAGAAUCCGAGUGAGCACCAGGGUCAAGCUUAUGGAUUUCCAUCCGGUCCCGCUCCCGCCAACUACAAUUCCAAUCUAGGACACUAUGGCGCUUCGCGAGCAUUCCCUGGAUCUUCGUACCCGGGAACUCAGCCUUAUGCCACGCAACAAGUGUACAAUCCGUCAGGUUUCCAGCCUCAUCAUUAUCAACCCCAGCACCAGGGAUAGGGACCUUCUAAACCUAGCGGAUCGAUCAACAUGUUCCGGUGCCUGUACAUAUUCUAGAUCUAGACGAAUAAAUUGUUUUCCUAUCCUUACGAAUUUAUCGUGUUUCUCGUGACGGUUAUCGCUUGUACAUCUCUCUUUUUUAAAUAUUUCAAAGAUUGUGUUAUAUAAAGACUACCGAAAAAAGAACUUAAUAGAAGGAAUGG